GAUUCUCACCCAGUGUUAUCGCGCUUGCUUCGGCAAAGUUCAACAUUUCUGUUAUAAACAGUGGAAGACGAUGAGGGUCAUAAUUUUCUGCUACUUAUAUUUGUUCGCCAUACUGGGGAGUGGAGAAGAUGAUGGCAUCUCGGAUGACGCCAUCAAUGAGCUAAAGUCAGAAUUAACUCAGGAGGAAAUAGAUCAAUUAUUGGGCAAUUCGACGUCGAACGUCGAGACGGCAUCGAUCGGUCUGUUCGCGAGACUAUUGCGAAUGAUGUACGAGAUUAAGGAGAAGUGGUUAGAUGUUCCGUUGGAUCAUUUUGAUUUGUUCGACAAUCGGACUUGGCGAAUGAGGUAUCUCACACGGGGCAGCUUUUUCAAGCCGGGAGGACCGCUGUUUGUUGAAGUUGGAGGCGAGUGGACUAUCGACGGCUCGUCGUUGGUGAUGGGCGGUUUGGCCGAGCUGGCCGAAGAGCAUAAUGGUUUUCUGGUCGAAACCGAGCAUCGGUAUUACGGGAAGAGUUUGCCGUUUGGGAAAGAUUUUUCCACCGAGAAGCUGAGGUUCUUGCAGAUGGAGCAGGCGCUGGAAGACUUGGCCUACUUUAUUGAGCACUUCAAGUCGGCAACCCCCGGUUUGGGUAACAGUACGGUGAUAAUACGCGGGUGCUCCUAUCCUGGUAUGCUGGUCACGUGGAUGAGGGUUCGUUUUCCGCACAUCGUCGAUAUCUCGUACGCGUCCAGUGCACCGCUUGGUGUCGGUUUGGAUUACCCAGAGUACUUUGAGGUGGUGAAUGACGUGUACGCAAACGUGAGCACUAACUGUAUCGAGACAGUCCGAAGAGGCUUUAAUCAGACGAUGAACCUGCUCAAAACCGACGAUGGGAGGCUUAAGGUCCGGGAAGCAUUCAAGGACUGGACUUGUGGCGAUAUCGACGAAAUGAAUUCCAUGGCAAUUCUGGGUAAAAUUAUCGUCGUUCUAAACGUAAUGCACGAUCCUUCUCAGUAUGAAGAGGUCGCCUGCUUGACGAUGGCAAUUGACGAAGAUGAGCUGCAAUCAUUCCAACUUCUAGCCAACUUUAUCGUGCUCAAAUCUAAACACAUUGCCAGUUGUAUGAGCGGAGACACAGAUCCUGAAGAAAAACGAAACCAUAUCGCUUGGAGUUACCAGACCUGUACGGAAAUGGGCACGUUUCUGACGUUAAAUAGGAAAAACUCCCGUCAUCCCUUUGAGAUGGAUCUAACCGUAGAGGAAUCUCUCGAAGAGUGCGGGAAAGAUUUCAAGGGACUCGUUACAGAGAACAUUCUUCGAGAGGGAAUAGCGCGUGUUACCCGCAGAUACGGAGGACGCAAACCGAAGGUGACAAGGGUGGUGACGAUUCAGGGUACUCACGAUCCGUGGAAGCAUCUGGCGCAUUUGGAGGAUUACGGACCGGAAGCGCCGGUCUGGGUUGUUGACGGUUCGCACUGCUCCGAAAUAAAUGCACAGUCCGAAGAUGAUUCGGAGCAAGUUAUCGCUGUAAGGGAAAAAGUGAAGCGCUUAAUCAGUAAAUGGAUCAAGGAAAUAUCGUAGAAUGUAGCCCACUAACUGUAUAUCAGUAAAUAAAUUCUUCUCUUACAAGUA